AGAUUGCGCGUUACCCGAGCCUGCAACGAAUGUCGAAGACGUAAGGACCGAUGCGAUGGAAUCCGCCCGUCGUGCAAUUCGUGCCUGAGCAUCGGGCGUAGCUGUAGCUACGGUCCUGCGAAGAAACGUGGGCUGCGCACCGGAUAUGUACGAGCUCUC